AUGCAGCGCGACUCGGCCGUGCCGCGGCCGAUCCAGCGGAACAUCAAUGCGACGGCGGCGGACCUGGACAUGAACUGGCGGCGCGGGGCGCCGGCGCCGGCGCCGGCGCCCGCGGCGCGGCCCCCGGCGCCGCGGCUCGCGGCGCCGAAGGAGAGCCCCUGGGGCGCCGUGCCCGCGGCGCCCGCCGCGGACCUGCGGUCUGGCGGCGGCGGCGGCCCGGCGCCGCGGCCGGCGGCGGAGCGCGCGCCCGCGGCGCGCGCGAGCGCGCGGGGCAGCCGCGGCGCGCGCGAGGGCGGGCGGCCCGGCCGCGAGGCCGGCGGCGCGGCGCGGCGGGGCGGCGACGCCCCCCGCGCGUCGCCGGAGCGGCGGCCGCGCGACGCGCCGCGGCCGCCGCCGUCGCCGCCGCGGCCGCCGUACGUGCCGCCGCCGGCGCCGUGGGCCGGCGCGGCGCGGGCCGCGCGGCCCGCGGCGGCGCCGACGCGCGACUUCCCGACGCUCGGCGCGGCGCCGCCGCCGGCGCCGCCGCCGGAGCCGCCGCGCGCGGCGCCGCCGCGCGCGCCGGAGCCCGCGGCGCCGCGCGACCGCGCCGUCGCGCGCGGCGCCGCGGCGCCGCGGAACCCCUGGGGCGCGCCCGGCGGGCCCGCGCCGCCGGCGCCCGGCGGCGACUUCCCGGCCCUCGCGCCGCCGGCGCGCAAUUCGCCGCCCGUCGUCCUCGCCGCGCUCGACAAGCCCGCGGGCGCCGGCUAUCUGAAGCCGAAGCCGCAGGCGAACUUCGUCGUCUUCGACGUCCUCACGAGCAAGCUCAGGCAGAAGGCGCCGCGCGGUAAGAAGGCGCCGGAAACACCGAAGCCGGCGCCGGCGCCGGCGCCUAAACCGCCCGGCGCCGACGACGACCGGCCCGCGGCGCCCGACAAGGUCCGGAAGAAGAAGCUGAGCUCGCUGAAGAAGCGCAUCCUCCUCGAGCGCGCGGAGCGCUGGUACGAGCUCCACCCCGAGGCGCGGCCCGCGCCGACGAUCCGCGACGAGGCGACGAGCGGGGCCUUUGCGGACGCGACGGGCGUCGGCCGCCGCUUCGUCGUCCGCGUCGACAACGUCGCGACGCGCGGCGAGCUCGAGGACGCCGAGGAGCGCGACGAGAUCCUGCGGGACGUGGGGUGCCUCUGCAGCCACCUCGCGCCCGUCGUCGCCGUCGAGGUCGCGCCCGCGGCCGCCGGGACGGCGGACGACUUCGCGCCCAUCGACGUGUCGUUCGCGGCGCGCGACGACGCGGCCGCGGCGCUCGCGGGCCUCGAGCGCCGCGUCGUCGGCGGCGUCGCCCUGCGCGCCGCCGAGCGGCCGCCGUCGCCGCCGCCGGACUCCAUAUCGACGGCCGCGCGCGUCUUCGGCGCGCUCGACGCCGACGACGCGGCCGACGCCGACGCCGUCGACGAGACGCGCGACGAUCUCGCGCGGCUCGCGGAGGCCUACGGCCCCCUCGCGGCGCCGCCGCGCCUCGAGCCGUCGCGCGUCGCGGCCCUCCGCGGGUGCCUCGACGCGGUCCUCGACUUCGGCGACGCGCGCGCGGCCGCGCGCGCCGUCGCGGGCCUGGGGCGGACGACGAUCGGCGGCGCGACGCUCCUCUGCGACGUCGAGCCGGGCUCGACGCUCGCCAAGUCCGUCGACGAGAUCCUCGCCGCGGCGCGCGACAUGGGCGUGCCCGUCGUCUUCGCCCUCGGCAAGCGCAAGCUCGGCCGCGCGCUCCGCAAGUCCGUCGGCGUCUCCGCCGUCGGCGUCUACAGCGGCGACGGCGCCUACGACGAGUACCGCGCGGUCACGAACCGCCUCAAAGAGCUCCAGCGCGACCCGGCCUGCGCCGUCGACCCGGCCUUCGUCCAGGAGCAGCGCCAGCGAGGACGCGGCGCCGAGCCCAAGCCCGACGGCGCGCCGCCGCGAACCGACCAGGCCGACGCGCCGUCGGCGAAGCGGCCCCGCGGCCGCCGGAAGGCCCCCCAAACGCAGCCGGCGAAACCGCCGGCCCCGUCCUUCGACUUCCAGCCGCCCCUGCCGGGCGCGGCCCAGCAGCCGCCGCCCCAGCUCUGGCCCGCGCCCUACGUCGCCUUCUGA